AUGUCGUGGUUCUGCAGUACGUGUGAUCGCUCGUUUGUCAACAGCGCUAGCCUUCGAAGCCAUCUUUUGAUGGCAAGAGAGCAGCAUCCUGACCGAGCGUUUUGUGCGCGGUGCGAUAUUCCUUUUGAGGAUAACGCUGCCCUGCAAACACACAUUGUCCAGUCACAAAGACAUUUUGUUUGCCGGCAUGCUGACUGCAGACUCGAUUACGCGGACGCUAGAAACUUGAAUGCUCACGUAGCAGCGGCGCAUCGUUGCAAGUUUUGCAGAAUCGAGCUGGGUGUGAAGCAACUGGAGGAUCACCUUCAUUACAGAGAAUGCUACUGUACUCGUUGCGAUGAGAAGUUUGCCACACCAGAGGCGCUCCGAGAUCAUCGCGCGAACAGCAGCAAGCACUGUUGGUGCAGAGCUUGUGGUGCUGAAUAUCCUGAUCUGGAGGAAUUCAACGCUCACUGCAAAGCCAAUCACUACCAUUGUCAGAAAUGCGACCUUGUUUUCGUCGACGGUGCUGAGCAUGUAGCACAUCUCAAGGAGAGUGACGCGCAUUACUAUUGCGCGAAAUGCCAGCGAGAGUACAACACUACGCAUGAGCUACUCGCGCAUCUUAAGAAUGUUUUCGCCUAUCCGCGCGUUCACUACUACUGCUCAGGAUGUUUUGCCGACUUUGACAAGGCGAAAGACUUGGCAAAUCACUAUAUGGCCUCCAAUCGGCAUGAAUACUGCCAAAUAUGCAACCUGCAUUUCCAAUCAAACAGUGACCUUCAGGAGCAUCUCUCCAUGGACCCGAAACGCCACAACCGUUGCAAUACAUGCAACAUUGUUUUCAAGGACCAGUCAGAGUUGAAGAUGCAUGCUAGCCAGGCUCCCGACAUACACCAUUGGUGCAACAUUUGCAAGCGUCAUUUCGACAGCGGCGAUGAGUUCGACACACAUGCCAAAGCACAAGCGAGUACUCACUUUUACUGCCUUCAAUGUGACCAGGUGUUUCGAACUGCUGAUUUGUUGGAGCUCCAUAGGAGACGUCAAGCUUCAGAGCACUAUUUGUGCACCGAAUGCGGCGCGCAUUUCGAUGAUGGCUCUCAACUCAAGGCUCACCUUGGUGAAAAACACGACUCCGCCAACUACUGUUCGGACUGCAAUAUCGGUUUCAAGACUGCUGCAGAUUGCCUGCGUCAUUUGCAACUAAACCCACUUUCCCAUCAUUUCUGUCAUAUCUGCCUUCAACAGUUCGACGACAAGCAAGAGUUGAUUACUCACUUCAAAUCCGAAGUCGCCACUCAUUUUUACUGCUACAACUGCUGCGAAACCUUCCAGGAUCUCGGGGAGUUGCAAGAUCAUUACCUGGCUUCGGACAAGCAUUCGUACUGCUACACAUGCGCGGUAUUGUACGAUGACCUAGGAGGCUCAGCUUCUCUUCGCCAGCACAUCCAACAGAAUGAAGGAUUUCACCACUACUGCGGUAUCUGCGACAUCCUCUUCAAAUCUGAUCAGGAGCUGAGCCAGCAUAUCCGAUUACACUCAUUGACUCAUUUCUGUUGCCAGCAGUGUGACCAAAUAUUUUCUAGCUCAGCGGAACUGGACCAACACAAGGAGGCAGUCAAGUCACAUUAUUUUUGUGCAAAAUGUAGACUUGAUUUUCAUGACAUGGAGAGUUUGAACGAUCACUUGUUCACAGCUACCGAUCAUCACUACUGCUUCACCUGUAACGAGUCUUAUUCAUCUCAGGAGGAUCUUUGGCGGCAUGUUUCAGAAGCUCAGGAUACCCAUCACUACUGCCAGCCCUGCAAGGUAUUGUUCAAAUCAGCCCAGCAGGCCGAUAACCACAAAGAUGACCUGCAUCUCCAUCCGCCGAAUGACGGCAAAGACUAUUAUUUCUGCUCUCGAUGCCAGCAGCCAUUCAUUGGGGCCAUGGAUCUCUUACAGCACAUUGAAACCAGCGAGAACCACAAGGCAUGCAUUACCUGCCACGAAGAGUUCGAGUCUGCGGACAACUUGGAUCGCCACGUCGAGAAAAACCAUAGACAGACGCUGGAUGAAACCACAUCCGCUGACGACUCUGAUAUCACUGCGGUAGAUGAAGAACUGGUUUCAGUCAAGGUAAAGCUCCUACGCGCGUGGGAAAAGCCUUUUCUGGUAACUGACUUAUCUCAGCACCAUCCAAAGCCAACCCAACGCCCAUGCCGCAUCUGUCACACAGAGUACACAACCAGUAAAGAGUAUCUGGAACAUUACGAGAACGGUGAUUGCUAUCUAUUCGCCGACCAAUUCUACGCGUACCUCAAGGCCAACGAUGUCUACGGUCUGUUUACUACCGACGAGCUGCGUAGUCCGCCAGCCGUCAAUGCUCUGCGACUCCCUCUGAAGGUUACUGGAUCUGCAACCGAGUAUCAGAAUUCCCAGUACGCCUUCGGUUCCACCAGCGAGCCACACCUGUUGGCUCACAUGGAGAGUGAUGUCCGCCAGCCGACGCGGUUCGUAUGCCCACAAGAAGACUGUGAUGAUCGAUUCCCACGCUUUGCCAAGCUUAUGGAGCAUUUGCAGAAAUCAAAGUGUGGAACUUGGGUCCAGAAUUCGGAAAUUGACGGCUUGAAGUACUUGAAAAGUUACUUUUAG